CCGCCACCGGCCUCCUGAGCGCCCCUGAUCGACCCUGCGACCCGGCAACCCUGCUUCUGCACUGCCUGAAAGAAUUUGGCCUUUCCCGCUGGGGCCGAAGCCGCCUUUCCAGCGGCGACCAUUCAGCGGGGUAGCGUCCGGCAGGCACGAGGCGGCCGCCGCCGCGCCACCCGGAGACUUGGCGGUGCGUGGUUGGGCGGCGGGGCAGCCUGCCUCCCUCUCCUGCUUAGCUCGGGGCUUGUGAGGUGACUCUACUUGAAUUUCUCAGCGGCAGAAUAUGUAGUACCUUUAAAGGUUGGCAAUGAUGAGCAAGCUGGAAUCAAAGGAAGAUAAGAUGCUGGAGGUUCAGUUUGUGGGAGAUGAUGAUGUUCUUAAUCACAUUCUUGAUAGAGAAGGAGGAGCUAAAAUAAAAAAGGAGCGAGCCCAGCUUUUGGUCAACACAAAAAAAAUAAUAAAGAAGCCAGAAUAUGAUUUGGAGGAAGAUGACCAGGAAGUUUUAAAAGAUCAGAACUAUGUGGAAGUUUUAGGACGCCAUGUUCAAGAAUCCUUGAAAAAUGGCUCUGCUACAGAUGGUGGGAAUAAAGUUUAUUCUUUUCAGAAUAGAAAACACCCUGAAAAGAUGGCUAAAUUAGCUUCAGAACUAGCAAAAACACCAAGAAAAAGUGUUUCAUCCAAUUUGAAGAGUGAUCCUGAAAUUACCAUAGACAUUCCUCAGUGUAGCAAGGGGCAUUCUGCUUCAGACAAAGUUCAGUUGAAGACUACUUUAACACCAGUAAAUUUCUCGUACAUGGAAAGGCCCACUGCAAACAAUGAUAAAAGUGAAUUUCUGUCAACAGCACCUCGUGGGCUAAGGAAAAGACUAAUAGUUCCAAGGUCUCAUUCUGACAGUGAAAGUGAAUAUUCUGCUUCCAACUCGGAGGACGAUGAAGGGGUUGCACAGGAAUAUGAAGAGGACACUAAUGAAGUCAUAUUGAGCGAACAGAUUCAAGCUCAGAAUAGAGUACUUUCGGCUCCUGUUUGCAAAGAAACGCCUUCUAAGAAAAUGAAAAGAGAUAAAACAAGUGACUUAGUAGAAGAAUAUUUUGAAGCCCACAGCAGUUCAAAAGUUUUAACCUCUGAUAGAACACUGCAGAAACUAAAGAGGGCUAAACUGGAUCAGCAAACUUUGCAUAACUUAUUGAGCAAGGUUUCUCCUUCCUUUUCUGCUGAACUUAAACAACUAAAUCAACAAUAUGAACAGUUAUUUCAUAAAUGGAUGUUGCAGUUACACCUGGGGUUCAACAUUGUGCUUUAUGGUCUGGGUUCUAAGAGAGAUUUACUGGAAAGAUUUCGAACCACCGUGCUGCAAGACUGUAUUCAUGUUGUCAUCAAUGGCUUCUUUCCUGGAAUCAGUGUGAAAUCAAUCCUGAAUUCUAUAACAGAAGAAGUCCUUAAUCAUAUGGGUACUUUCCGCAGUGUGGUGGAUCAGCUAGACUGGAUAAUAAACAAAUUUAAAGAAGAGUCUUCUUUAGAACUCUUUCUUCUUAUCCACAAUUUGGAUAGCCAAAUGUUGAGAGGAGACAAAAGCCAGCAGAUUAUUGGACAGUUGUCAUCUUUACGUAAUAUAUACCUUAUAGCAUCUAUUGAUCACCUCAAUGCUCCUCUCAUGUGGGAUCAUGCAAAGCAGAGUCUUUAUAACUGGCUCUGGUAUGAAACUACUACAUAUAGUCAUUAUACUGAAGAAACCUCCUAUGAGAAUUCUCUUCUGGUUAAACAAUCUGGAUCACUACCACUUAGUUCCCUAACUCAUGUCUUACGAAGCCUUACCCCUAACGCAAGGGGGAUUUUCAGGCUACUAAUAAAGUAUCAGCUGGAUAACCAGGAUAACCCUUCUUACAUUGGACUUUCUUUUCAAGACUUUUACCAGCAGUGUCGGGAGGCAUUCCUCGUCAAUAGUGAUCUGACACUUCGGGCCCAAUUAACUGAAUUUAGGGACCACAAGCUUAUAAGAACAAAGAAGGGAACUGAUGGAGUGGAAUAUUUAUUAAUUCCUGUUGACAAUGGAACAUUGACUGAUUUCUUGGAGAAGGAAGAAGAGGAAUUUUGAAGCUCUCCUGUACUCUUGAAUCUUCUGUGGAAGAGUUGUACCCCAGCUGCCACUCCUCUAGUCUAAAGUGUUGUGUUUACAUCCAAUGUUAGACUCUUUUUCCAAUGUACAAGAUUUAAAAUUGGGAGGGGGAAUGUCAUCAGUUAGAACCUUGAUUAUUAGCCUGGCUGGUGUACCAUCCUAGUACUAUGCAGUGGUCCUCAAGUUGGAGACAACGUGCCUUUCAUUCAUUACCUCUCUGGAGACUCCUUGCUGGAAGGGACAGUGUGCUCAGGGACUAUUUGGAACUGGAUGUUUUGAAUUCUUUUAUACCAGAGAUGAUAUUCCUAAUAUUUCAAGGGCCUUUUAACACUCCUGGAGCUAUUUGCAAAUGUGCUUGUUCCAGAGUGUGGAAGUACAAAGACACUGCAGCAUCACGUAAAUCGGCUUUAUUUGCUAUUCCAUGUGUCAGAAUUGAAGAGUAUAACAGAGAAGGCAGAUCAUCUCUUACUGUUUCUGAAAUGGCUUAACAAAAGGUGUAAGGUUGGGGGAAAGUGGGUGAUUCAGCUUUCUCCUUUUGGAUUUAGGCUACACGCUGAUUGAUAGAGGAGGAAGGAGCACGAUGCUGUUCCAGUUGGGAGAGUAGGAAAAACAUGAAGCGUAUAUAGGGUGCAUGCCCAUCCCAGAAAGCACGUGAACAGUAACAGAUCGCGCUGCUCAGGACAGUUAACGUCUGUGCCGUCACCUUCAUGAUACAAGUUAGAAGCCAGGCUAGAGAAACACAAACCUGAAUUUCGUUUUAGUUAUUUUUUCAAGGCAACAGAAAAUAAAAAUUUAACUAUUCUUGUAUAUCAACAUGUUUUUCUUUUCUUGAAUAACAUGCAGAUGAGCAGCAUAUUAAUGGCUGGCUUUAAAUGAAUUUGAUUUCUCUAUCAAGCAGGCCUAAAAUUCACUGUAAGACAUUUCAGUUUUUUUUCUUAAAAUGACAAUUUCAAACCUCCUAAAUACUCAAGCCUUUUUUUCUCUUAGGAAAGAAAAGAAGGCUAAUCUUGGCCACUGUAGUCAGCUGAUAGUCUUCACAUACUCCCUGAACUAUUUCAUACUUGGAAAUGAAAUUCUUCAUUAAAAUAUCACUGUAAUAUACUGCAUCAUCAUUUCUCACUCAUUUCUCAUCUUGUAAACCCCUUUUAUGAAAGUAUUUCCCAAAAUGAUCAGAAUUUUUAAAAUCAUUUCUUUGUGUCAUAUAAUGAAUUUUAUUUUAAAUCCAUGUAUUAAGGGGUUUAGUCUUAAGCAUAAUUACUAGUCAAAAUAUUUAAAUUUAUACAUGAAUAGGAUUCUAAAAUUUUUAAAUUGUACCAAAGGAUAUUCAAUGAAAAGUGAUUUUCCUUACCAUCCUCUGAUCCAGUCCCUUAGGCAGCCAUUGACAGCAGUUUAAGCAUUCUUCCCAAGGUAUUCUAUGCACAUCUAAGGAUAUUUGUCUGUAUUUCUCAUUUUAAAAACACAAAUGGUGGCAUAUGAUACUUGCUGGUUUGCACCUUGUUUUUGUUUUUUGCUUAAUAUAUUUAGUUUAUAAUAACUUACAGUAUAAAAAAGUAUACGAAAUCUUUAAUGAACUAAUGUGCAAACUUUGCAUUUGCCCUUAAAUAUCUACUGGUUUAUUUUUAUAAUUUUUGUGUCUAUACUGUUUGCAAGCAGUAUAUGUGAAUAGUCUUUACUAUUAAUAAAGAAACCAAUUUGGAUAUAACCAUUUUUUUUUUCAUUUAUAGUACUGGGUUUUUUUACUAAAGAUAUCUUGAAGUGCUUCACAAGUUUUAUGAGUGCAUCUUACAGUUCUGAUGGUGAUCUUGGCAGAAUUAUACGUUCUUCAUUACCUUGUUUCAACAUCAGUGUUGCUUAAGCUCUAUCAAUCAGUUUGAUUGCUAAGGCUCCAAACUUCUGCUGUUACUCGCUUCUCGCAAGAUUGAACAGACCUGAAGCCUUGAAAGAUUUUUCUGGCCUCUCUUAACAAAAUGGCUAAAAUAGGCCAAAAAAGGCACAGGGGAUGCAGGACAGACAGUUAACACUCUACAAACUUGGCGUAAUACUGAAUUCCUUAGGCAGGGAGUUCUAAAACGGUUCUUGUGAUACUCCAGAAACCGAACUUUCUUAGCAUCAUGUUUGUCAUUUUAAUAUAUGAACAUGUCAUUCAUACAAAAGAUCAGUAAGUUUGAGGGAUGGUGCAUAGGUUUUACUUCUUUAAAAAAAAAUUACUAACAAAACUUUAGAAAUCUACAGUUGACCCUUGAACAACACAGGUCUGAAUUGUGUGGGUCCACUUAAAUGCAGAUUUUUUCCAAUAGUAAAUACUACAGUACUACACAGUCCACGGUUGGUUGAACCCACGGAUAUAUAAAGAGAAACUGAGCCUACACAGGAAGAGCCAACUAUAAGUUAUACUUGGAUUUUUUACUGUGCAGAUGGUCAGCACUCCUAAACCCCACAUUGUUUAAGGGACAACUGUAUUCUUCCCCCCAACCAAUUCAAACCUGGAGCCAGUAGCACGUUCACAAUGUAUUUUCCUACAUUCUAGGAGGUAAGGUGACUCUUCCAGCUUAGUCCUGAGUAGCUCUCAGAUCUAACAGUGAGUCAUGAGAGUCUGCCUCAUCACAGAUUGUGUCUCCUAAAAGCCAAGGGAUAAAUAAACUGUCAUGUAAAUGACUUUCUCAGGCUUUUUGUAAUUAUUUGAUUUCUCUCCCUUGGGAGAGUCUCUUUAAUUUUUCAAAUUGCUGUUAAGCCAUGUUAAUUCAUGUUUGUUGAGAACUUACUAAGUAGAAGGCUCUGUGCUAGGCAGUUGAGAGAAUAUGAAAAUGUGAUGUGAAAUAUCUAGUUGAGGUUUUAACAGCAUUAAAAAUUGCAGUAUCCUUAAUGUGUUGAAUAAAGUAAAUUUGAAAUAACUAAUGCUAUGGAAAAUAUAACUUUAAGCAUGAGUAUAACAAAGCUUAUUACCAAAUUUUCAUUAUUUUGGCAUAUAUCACUUGGGCCUCAAGUCUUAAGUAUUUAGGUCACCUAAAUGCUUUAGCAUCUUUACUUUUGCUCCCCAAAGUGUGGUCCUCAAAAUGGCAGCAUCAGCAUCUGCUGGGAACUUAAGAAAUGCUUGGGCCCUUACUCGAGCAUCUGAAUCAAUCUGCAUGUUAACUAAAUCUCCAGAUGCUCUGGUACCCAUUAAAGUUUGAAAAGCAAUGGUAUAUACAACUAAGCGAUCAACAUGUUAAAGUUAACAGUUCAGAAAAUUUGACAGCUGAAAGUAAAUAAUCUUGAGUGGUACUUUAAUAUUUUAAAA